UCCCCUCAUUAAAGUAACUUUCAUAUAAUAAUUAUACAUGUAAAUGUUGAUGUAUAUUUAUGAAAAACCACAUAUAGACUCUGUAAAAUGUAGAAAUUCCUUGGACUUACGUUAGAUGGCGAUCGUGUGCCUGGAAGUACCGCGAAAAGACCGGAAACUGCAUCAAGCCGGAAGUCGUUCGGGUCACGACGCCGGCAAAAUCAGCGUUCGGGUCUGGGUUCCGUUCAGCUCGUGCCCAAACUUGAAACCGGCCAUACUUCCAACACAUUAGACACAGACUGAAGCACAGGACAGUGCAGCAAAACAGGUCUUGGACAGCCAUGAUGAACGACAAAAGCCACUGUCCAAGCCUGGACUAUCUCUGGAGAAAAAAAAUGAACUUGAGAAACAGAGAAGGCAUGUCCUGAUCAAUGAACACAACAGACUAACGUUUGCUGUGAAGGAAAAAGAAGCUAAGCUGAAAGAACUGCAGGAGUUUUUGGAAGCAAAGAACCUUGCACCUACAACUUACAAUAGCGAAGACACAUUAAAGCAGCGUAUAAGACAACUGGAGAACAACCUUGACAAGAUGAAGAUAAAGAUCAUAGAGGCGAGGAAAAUCCAGACUGUCUAUCAGCACAUUCGUGAGCACCUGCAGGAGGAGGUCUGUCGUAUGUCCAAGGACCUAGACCAGACGGAGCUUGCAGUUGCCCUUGGAGAGGCAGAGGUGGACCAAGCAAGCAAGCAGGUUGAGUCAGCAGCUGCUGCUGCACACAGCAUAAUGGGCACGAUGGUCCAGACAGAAUGUGAGACAAUGGGAAGGAAAAGAGAAAUGGACAGUGAGCUGUGGGAGCUGAGUGCAGAGGAAAAGGAGCUAAAAAGGAAGAUGGAAACACUCUGGCGUCGUAGCCUAUCAGUACAGAGCCAGCAGAAAGAGCGGGACAUUGAAGAAGCACAGUCAACUUUUGUCAAAGAUUAUCAGCAUCAUGACAUCUGUGGUGCUUCCCAGUCGGACAUGAAGCUGGUAGAAGAUAUGGAGGCUCUGAUAGAGGCUCUAGGCUGCGCUGACGUGCAGGAUCUAGUUAACAAGGUAGUGUCACAACGAGCCACCAAGGAGCAGCUCCUCAUUGAGGUAACGCAGUAUAAAGAACUAAUCAGGCAAGAAGCCGAAACCCUGGCUGAUCUGGAGGUCCAAUACACCGAACUGAAGUUCAGUGAGAAACCUGCAACUACACGGUUUGACAAGCUGAAGGAACAAUUGCAGGCAUGGCUGAAUCAGGAAGUGGACCGUGUUCAACGACUGCAGGCUGAGCUGAAGCAGUCUCAGGAUCUGUUGGACAGUGUUGAGUUCGGGGUCAACAACUUCUACUUCAGGAUGAGCUGUGUAGCCUUGGAGGAGCUGCCCAGUGCAUUCAGUACUGACAGCUUAGACAAACUAAGGGAUAUCAGCGCCCGUCUACCAACAUUACAACAAAGAGCAUUAGAGAAGGAACCUGAGAUUAGCGGCCUGGACCAAGAUAAGGUUUAUGAUUUGUUGGAAGAGCUUAACAUGAUGGAGUUGAAGAACAACAAGAGACCAACCACCCCUAUAGCGCUGGACUUGAUCGGACUAGACUGGGCUCGUGGUGUCAGCAUGGCUACGGACAGGGCACCAUCAAUGAUUGGGAAAAAAGCAGGUGUUGUGACAAAAUUCAGAGAGGCUGUAGUCAACCAAAGGAAGUCUUGGUCGACUGAAAUUCUACACAGUCAAUUGGUCAAGUUGCUCCCCAUGGCUGUGCACUGCUCCUAGUGUAUAUGGAGGGUCAAAUGCAGGGGCUUUUGACAUGUCCUCUGAAAGACAUCAUUACCCUUGGAGUGAUUCUUCUAUUUUAAGUAGGUUUAAAGAGUGACCAGAGAGAGUCCGCCUUAUUUACAGUUGCAUGUAGAUUAUUAUUAUUGAAUACAUUGCAUUUUCACUGCAACGACUGAACCUGUGCUUUAAGGACAAGUACUCAAAACCAGGUCACCUCCCAACCGAUUUCACCUCAGCUCUACGUUACAUUGUGUUUUGCUUUUGGCCUUAGACAUCAAUGCAUCAAGGGCUGCAUUGUGUAACCUACAUAUUUAUUAUGUUACAUAAAUUUCCAUAUUAUAAAGAGGUUUGAUGUUUCUGAUGUUUGAAGAUUCAUAAAGCUGGUACCUCCCAGAACAAUUGUACAGAUAUGGAUUGAGAGCAGCUUUUAUUGAGCAUGAGCAGUGCUUUGAUUCAGCUUGAAAUGCUUGCUAUAAAUUCUCUUGGGGCCUGUAUUUACCUCCACAGCAGAGAAAAUAAUUUUAGCAGGAUUAAAUUAGAGACAUGCUUUUAUUCCAAGUAAUCCCUGUUUUUGUCAUAUAAAGAAUGUCUCCCCGUAUUAAAGCUGCAGUAGGUAACUUUAUCAAAAUAUUUUUUGUCAUAUUUGCUGAAAUUUUUACUAUUCUUGCAAAUGCCAUUAGGAGCACUAAGUCACUUUUACAGAUGCUCUGUCUCAUGUACUACUGUCAGGAUAUAGUAAAAGUUUCAGCAAGUGUGACAAAAAGUUAUUUUGACAAAAAUCACUUCCUCCAUGUUUACCAGUUGUCUAUAACUUGUGUCAAGGUCCAGUCCUUACUGCAGCGACCUGGGUUUGAGUCUGGUCUGAGGCCCCUUGCUGCAUGUCAUACCCUCUCUCUCCCCUUCCUUUCCCCUCUCGUUUGUCUUGUCAAAUAAAGCAGAAUGCCAAAAAAACAAACAAACGUAUACCGUAUUUUCCGGACUAUAAGUCACACUUUUUUUCAUAGUUUGGCUGGUGCUGCGACUUAUAUAUGAAAUUGAACAUGUUUUUGAAUAAUUCCGACAUGAAACGAGGAGUAGACUAAACAUUACCGGCCACAGCUGCGAGAAGGCGCUCUAGGCUUGUGACAACCAGAGCUGUUACAACUAUGUUCAGGAGCAACACGGAGGACAAAGAAUUUAAUGGAUGGUGAACUUGCUACCGGUAACUUGCCUGUUGGACUCGGUGGCGUGUUAUGUUAAUUUCUGUGUGCUAUUGUGUUUAACUUGCAUUUCCUGAUUGACUGUCUGUUCUUGGUCUUGAAUGCUGCAAAAUAAAUUUCAAAUUUUCUGAACGGUAAUAAAAGCCACCAUCUGUGAAUUACAGUAAUUAUUGCUCUUUCAGUGAUAAAAACUGUAUUUUGACUGUUUACUAAUACUUACAUACACUAAUAAAAAACAUUUAUUCAACA